GGUGUCUGGGAUCCUCAAAAUCAUGCCCCUCUCAAAACCUAUCCAAUCUUCUUGUAUCUAUAGUCACUGGUGCAUAUAAAUAAACUUACAGGUUGUAAAAGUAAAUUGCACAUUUAAUUUAUAACUAAAAAGUUAAAUAGACCUUGUACGUUUUGAUAAAUUAAAGCAAUGAAAAGAUAUUUCAUUAGAUUUUCAUACCUUGGAAAACAGUACAGAGGACUCCAGAAAAAUGUUGUUACAGAUGACCACAUUAUGGUACAUGAUACAGAUACUAUUCAAGGUACUUUAGAAUCUGCUUUUUCAACAUUAAUACCAAAAUGCAUGGUUAGGCCAAGGUUCUAUUCUUCUAGCAGGACAGAUACUGGAGUUCAUGCUUUGUGUAAUGCAGCUCACAUUGACAUAGAGAAUAAAUAUGAUGCUAUCUAUAAUCCUGACAAUGUACUUAAAGCUAUUAAUCGAUAUCUGAUAAAAUGUAAUCAUGAUAUUAGACUUCUAGAAUUUGUUCCUGUGAAGCUAGAUUUUCAUGCUAGGCAUUUUGUACAGUCUAGAACAUAUAUGUAUAGAUUUAUGAUAGCUAAAAAAAAGAAUGAACAGAGAAUACCUGUUAUAGAAGCAUCACAGUGUUACCAUUUAAGGUCAGAAACUUUUGAUUUAGAAAGAUUAAAAGCAGGAACCAAAUUAUUUAUGGGAACAAAAAAUUUUCAAACGUUUAGUGCAAAAAAAAUAUCUAAUAGACCAAUCAAUUUUACAAGGACAUUAAAUUCUUUGACUAUAGAAGAGGGUCAAUCACUUAUGCCAUAUGAUACAUUGUCCCAAAAUUUUGACUUUUGGAAUGUUGUAUGCUCAUCACAUUCUUUCUUAUAUAAACAGGUUAGACGGAUGGUAGGAACAUUACUUGCCUUAGCUACUGGAAAAAUAACAGAAAAGGAUAUAACUAUAAUGUUACAAGUUCCUGGCCAUCAUAAUUGGCUUACUCAAAUACACCCAGUUCCAGGAUUUGGUUUAUAUCUUGUAAAUGUAGAGUACUGUCAAAAUCAAGUAGAUAAAUAUUGUAUAAAAUACAAAACGUGUCCUAAUAGACAAUUUAUAGUCAUUCCAGAAGAUGAAAAUUAAGUAAAUUGUGUACAGACAUAAA